AUGGACUCUCGAAUCGCGGUUACUCUUCUGGUCUUGCUUUCUCUCAUGUCAGUGUCCAGGUCCGAAGCCUUUUCCAGAUCACAGGUACUGCUCCCUUCUUUUAUUCACUGUGUACUGAACUUCCAUUUUGUUUCAGUGUUUUUUUCUCGAAACAUUUCGUUAGAAACAAAUUUGGAUAAGAUGAAAAAUAAGCAAAGCCUUCAGUUGGUCACGCACUCAUAGAAAAAAAGCCCUGUUUGCUUCAAAAACAAUUUUUAACAAAAUAGCACUGAUUUGAAAAUUUUCAAUCACAAAUCUUCAGAAUUUCUUAUUUUUCGAAUCCCCCAAGGUACUGCUGACGUGUCUAAUUCAAAAAAUUUUAUAAUAAUCUGCGGCCAGAGUGAAGAUCCUGUUUCAAUAGAAUGGGAACCGAUAUUGAAAACAACUGCGCAAGGCUUAAUUCAAAGUUAAUCCGAUAAAAGGCAGUUCCCGGAUGAGAUAAAAUGCUAUUUUCACAAACAAGACAGCUUCUAUGUUUCCAUAUUCAGUGAAGUUGUCCUUAUCAGCAAAAAAAAAACGGAAAAAAAUAUCGGAAGCUAUUUCAAGCGAUAAUCCUGAGAUCUUUUUUGACUGAAAAUUCCUCCCGCGGAAAAGCAUAACUUUUAUGGACCCAAACCCAUGACUAAUUUGAACUAAUUCAGUUGCGCUAUGGCGCUCCUUUGCCGGCUUAUGCACCUCACGCCCUCUACAGAUUUUACAGUUCAAGACAGGUAUUUCUAAAAUCAUCGCAUAAAUUUCCUUCACUCGGUAUUUUUCAGUUUGCGCCAGUGCUGAUGAGCAAAAGGAACAAUGCUGAAGUCGUCAAUCAUAUACUGAAAAACUUUGGCACACUCGACCGUCUUGGAGAUGUUGGAAAAUAA